AUGGCUCCAACUGCUGUUGAUAUCCAUAACGAGUACAAACAGAAUGUUUCCAACGAACAGGAAAUUCCUUUCAACAAAACUGAAAGAAAGUCAUCGAUUGCAUCUAAAUUAGGACUGAAUCCAGACGCUAAGAUUCACUACAAUUCUGCUGUUCCUAUAUUAUACGAAGAUGGUUUAAAGGAAAAAGGUACAACCAUUUCCUCUUCUGGUGCAUUGAUUGCAUUCUCUGGUUCCAAAACAGGUAGAUCUCCAAAGGACAAAAGAAUUGUCGAUGAAGAGACUUCAACAGACAACAUCUGGUGGGGUCCAGUCAAUAAGAAGGUUGAUGAAAACACUUGGAAUAUCUCGAAAUCUAGAGCGAUUGAUUAUUUGAGAACAAGAGAGAAGGUUUACAUUAUCGAUGCUUUUGCUGGUUGGGAUCCAAGAUACAGAAUUAAGGUUAGAAUUGUCUGUGCUAGAGCUUACCAUGCUUUGUUCAUGAAGAAUAUGUUAAUUAGACCAACAACGGAAGAAUUAAAGAACUUUGGUGAGCCUGAUUUCACCAUUUGGAAUGCAGGUCAAUUCCCUGCUAAUGUUUACACUAAGGGUAUGACUUCUUCAACUUCUGUUGAAAUAAAUUUCAAGUCUAUGGAAAUGGUUAUCCUAGGUACGGAAUACGCAGGUGAAAUGAAGAAAGGUAUUUUUACCGUUAUGUUCUACUUGAUGCCAAUCAGACACAAGGUUUUAACUUUACACUCUUCUGCAAAUCAAGGUAAAAAGGAUGGUGAUGUCACAUUAUUCUUUGGUUUAUCUGGUACAGGUAAAACAACCUUGUCUGCAGAUCCUCAUAGAGAAUUGAUUGGUGAUGAUGAACAUUGCUGGUCUGAUCAUGGUGUUUUCAACAUUGAAGGUGGAUGUUAUGCUAAGUGUUUGGACUUAUCUGCUGAAAGAGAACCUGAGAUUUUCAAUGCAAUUAGGUUUGGAUCUGUCUUGGAGAAUGUUGUCUAUGAUCCAGUUGAUAGAACUGUUGACUAUUCCGCUGCAAAUGUCACUGAAAAUACUAGAUGUGCCUAUCCUAUCGACUUUAUUCCUUCUGCUAAAAUCCCAUGUCUGGCAGAUUCUCAUCCAAAGAAUAUUGUUCUUUUAACUUGUGAUGCAAGAGGUGUUUUGCCACCUGUCUCCAAGCUAACUAAUGCACAAGUCAUGUAUCACUUUAUCUCUGGUUACACCUCCAAGAUGGCAGGUACCGAAGUUGGUGUCACUGAACCAGAAGCAACCUUCUCUGCAUGUUUUGGUCAACCUUUCUUAGUUUUACAUCCAAUGAAAUACGCACAACAACUCUCUGAUAAAAUGGCUGAACAUUCUUCCACCGCUUGGUUAUUGAAUACCGGUUGGACUGGUCAAUCUUAUGUUAAAGGUGGUAAGAGAUGUCCAUUGAAGUAUACUAGAGCAAUUUUAGAUGCUAUUCACUCUGGUGAGCUUGCAAAACAGGAAUUCGAAACAUACCCUACUUUCGGUUUACAAGUUCCAAAAACUUGUCCAGGUGUCCCAGAAAGUGUUCUGAACCCAUCUAAAUACUGGGCUACUGGUGAAGCUGAUUUCAAGGCUGAAGUCACUAACUUGGCUAAAUUAUUUGCUGAGAACUUUGAAAAGUAUUCUGCAGAAUGUACUGCAGAAGUUGUUGCUGCUGGUCCUGCUUUAUAA